AUGGAAUGUAUACGAUAUACUGAGAGUAAACUUGGUGAUUUGCGUCAAUACCUAAUUGAACCAAGAUGUUUCGAAUCUCUUUGGAGACUUUAUUUUGAUCCAUUAAUAAUAAAAAGUGUCCUUCAAGGUGACGCACUUGCACAUAAAGAAGCACUUGGUCAAACAGCAUAUCGACCUUUAUCAAAACAUGAAAUACAUGUUCAAUGGACAGAUGAACGUAAAGAUAAAUACAUUGAUGGUAUGAUCACAAAACGUGAACGUGUCAAUGGGCUUGUUCAUGAAGCAUUGAGUGCUUGUAGAAACAAAGAAGAACUGGUAUUGCUGCUAAGUAAAAUACGAUUAAUUUUUAUCAAUGUUAAAUAUGUAUUACCGACGUGGAUGUCUUUAUUUCGUCAUGUUAUGGGUUUACAACAUUUUGAUGUUGGCGUUAUGGAACUUCUAUUUGAACCUUUACAAAAUGUUGAUAUGAUAGAUUGUGCAACUGAAUUAAAUCAAUUAAUUCUUGAUCUUUUCGAACUUUGGCCGCAGCUCAAGCAUGAAGAUCAAAUGUUUUAUAUUAGAAAUCAAAUAGUUCAACUCAUUCAAAAUUUAAUGCUUCAAACGACAAACAAUCCAAAUGAACUUGUUGAAGGAUUAAUUAAAAGAAUCUGUGCAAGCACAACGGCAAAGAAUAUUAACGGUCAUAUUGGCUUUUUCCUCUUACUCAACGAUCUUCUUCCAUUGUUUUAUAAAUCUAACGCAAUCGAACCAAUUAAAAAGAUUGAUAAUGAUGCAAUAUUAUACUAUGCUGAUGAUAUUCUGGAAAAACGAGCUAAAAGUCAAUCUAUGAAUGAGCAUUGUAAUGCUCUUCUUACCAUACUAAAAUAUGUAACUAUGCAUACUCAUGAUAAUUAUUUAAAAUAUUGGUUUGAUCGUGUUCUUCAUCAUCAAUAUGAUGAAUUUAUUUUUCAAAUUAUUGCACAUUCAAUUUAUCCUAGUAGUACAUUAGCGACUUAUGUACGACGAAUGACAGAUGAACAAAUCAAUCAAUUUUUAAAAUGUAUUGAAAUUCCGAUAGCUUCGGAAUUUAUUUCUGUCUUAUUAACUAUUAUUGAAGCCUUAGUUAAAAAUACUCAAGUACAUAUUGUUCUUUUCCAAUGUGAUCAUUUUCGUCAAAUAUUACAAAAUUGGUUAAUGUCAGAAAUCUCACCAUCAACAGUUAUUCGACUUGUAAUAUUAUUACUUGACGUCGCUUCAUCAAAAUACAAUCAACAUGUUUUGGAAAUUGCUGAUUUUUUUGUUGGCGAUUAUGCGUCAAGAUUUUUUUCGAUUGAUUUCGACGAUCAAAGUCCGUUCGCUAAUAUUAUUGUUUUCAUGUUAUCAAUUUCAAAUGAUGAUCAAGCAAUCGGAUCAUCUUCAUCGGAUAGAGCUGAACUUCUGCUCAGAACCUUUUUUUCUUACACUGAAAACAAGAUCGAUAACGAUGAUAAUAUCAACAACUCCUUCUCAUCUCAUCUGCUUAGUCUUAGCAAAGAGAUUGUCAAGCAACAAUUGCGAGUCAAAUUUGUUAUAUUACUUUCACCAUUUAUACCUGAAUUGAUGGGUUUAUUGGGUCAAACUAAUCGACUAAAAUAUGCAAGCAUCAAACUUCUUGGCGAGAUACUUGAAUUAUCAGAAAAAGAACGUUCCUCACUUGCCGAAAAUAUUCAUGAUGACUCCAUAAAUGAAGAUUCGACUACUCUUUCAAAUAAUGCUCAACAACCAAUGCAGCAACAAGAACAAACUUCUUUUUUCAGUCCGGAAGCUGUAAAUAAAUCAGAUGUUGCUCGUGUUCAACAUAGUGAUUUCAUCGAUGGACAUCAAUUCUUAAAUAGUUUAGAGGAAGCCGAACAGAAAUCAGUCGAUAAAUUGCUUCGUGAUCGUUUAUCAAAGCAACGUUCGAAUAAUAUAACUAUAUCAACCAAAGAGGAGAAUUCAAAUAGUCUUGUUCUUACUGAUACAACUCGAGAGAACAUAUUCAAAAUACUUGAAGUACUCAAUAACCCAAUACCAAUAUUGCUCGAAGGUAACACGGGUGUAGGCAAAAGUGCUACUGUUAUGGAAGCAGCUCAACAUGCAGCUCGUACACUUAUCCGAUACAACAUGUCAUCGCAUAUUACCAUCGAUGAUCUUCUUGGCAAAGUGAUGCUUGUAUUUGAUAAAGAAACACACAUGACAAAUUUUCAAUUUGUUCAAGGUCCAUUUACUAGAGCAUUUGUAAAUGGUUAUUGGAUUUUAUUUGAUGAACUCAAUCUGGCUCAAGAUACUGUUCUUCAAGCUAUUGAAUCGGCUCUCGAUACACAUCGCUUAACAAUUCAUAAUACAAGUUCAGCUCAAGAGUCAAUUAUCGUUCAUCAAAUGCAUCAUGAUUUUCGAUUAUUUGCUACACAAAAUCCUAAUACCGGUUUUUUCAAAGACAAACGAGAGAAAUUAUCUGCUUCAUUUCUCAGUCGUUUUCGACCAAUAGUAUUUGCUGAGUUAUCCGAUAGUGAAUGUCACGAAAUCAUUUACUCGUCACAUAUUUCAAUAAAAAAAUUAAAAAACGUAUUCAAUGAUCCCAAACAACAAUCAGUUGAAACUGGACCAUAUGCUGAAAUAUCUAUUCGUGAAUUAUUAAAAUGGGUUAAUCAAUUGAUUUGGCAAAAACAGAAUGGAAAAUGGCCAAAUGAUGGACAAGAACGUGCAAAUAUGCUCAGUUUUAGUGCCUGGUGUAUAUAUGGUGCACGUUAUCGUGGUGUUGGACGUGAUCUUAUUGAAAAUAUUCUAACUGAUAAUGGAAAAGGUUUUUGGGGUCGUCCAGCUCUUCAAACAAUUAACGUUCAUAUUGAUCAACGACUCAAUGGAAUAUUCUUAGACGAUGUCCGAUGUUCGAAUCGAGUCGAAAUUCGACCAAUCGAUAAUCCUGAACGUGAAUGGUCACAUUAUUUUGCUAUGGCUGAUCUCAAAACGAUAAAAUUCGAUUCUAAUGUUUGGACAAUGGCAUGUAAUGUUCACAAUGCUGUUCAUCAAACAUUACUUAAAGAUGAAUUUAUUCGUUUACAUGGUAUCUAUCAUAUUGAUCGUUCUUGGCUGUGGCAAUGGCUUACUUCAGCGGCUCGUUUUCUUGAACGACCAAAUGAAUUUGCAUUGCACGGUUGUAAAAUGUAUAUUAACCGUUUUCGUCAUAUUCAAGCACAGAAUAAAGUUCGUGAAUGUUUCACUCGACAUUUCAAAGAUUUUAAUAUAUCGAAUACAGUAUCAGACAAUGCUCUUGUACAGCCAGAAAUACCAUAUAUUUUUACAAAUCGAAUAUUGAGCACAUUAAAACAAGUAUCAUUCAAUUUGAAUAUCAAACAACCAAUUCUUGUCACUGGUCCUGAAGGUUGUGGUAAAUCUGAUCUAUUGUUAACUCUUGGUUGGCUUAAUGGUCAACAAGUAUAUCAACUGAAUAUCACACCAGAAACUGAACCUUCAGCACUCAUUGGUCAGAUCAUUCCGAAUGAAACAAAAAAUAAAAAUGAUCCAAACUAUGGUGAAAAAUUGAUUUGGCAGAAUGGUUGUGUUACACGAUCUUAUAUCGACGGUCAAUGGGUGUUACUCGAUAAUUUGAAUACAGCAGAAUCAUCAGUACUCGAACGGCUUAAUCCUGUUCUUGAAGAAAAACCCAUGCUUAUACUCACUGAAAAAGGUGAUGUUAGCGAACAACCACUACAUAAUGAUUAUCGUCUUGUUGCAACAAUGACACCACCUGAUUCACGUUAUUCAUCAUUGAAUAUUGAUGAACUUUCACCAUCACUCUACAAUCGUUUUGCUAUUGUUCACAUGAAGGAUAUUGAUAUGAAUUCUGAUGAAUUACUUCAAUUAGCUGAAGGUCUUCUUUCAGAUACGCAUGAUGUUGAUCCACAUUUAGCUGUUGAUCUUUAUCGAGAAAUAUUCGAAUUUUUAUCAAAAAACUCAUUAAAUAGUUCUAAAUUAACUUUACGUAAUUUCGUUCGUUUUCUUGAUAGUACAUAUCGUCUUCAUCAACGUUUUAAAGAUACACUUGAUUUUAUUUCCAUUAUUUGGACUGCUUAUCAUGUUACCAUUGUUAAUCAAGUCAAAGGAGAACGAAUCAAAUCUCAAAUGACGCAAUCGAUUGAAACAUUUUUACAUCGCACUCGACCGAACUGUAAGCUUAAUCAACCACCAUUUACCGAUUGUAUUCGAAAAACAGAUGAACAUAUAUUAACUCAAAGCCGACUAAAUUAUGCCAAUGCUGUAUUAGGUGCUGUAGCUUGUAAUAUUCCACUUCUUUUGGAAGGUCCAUCUGCUGUUGGUAAAACUACAUUGAUUGCUCAUUUAUGUAAAAAUAUUGAUAAUAAAAAAAUGCAUUACAUAUCAAAUGAACAAAUAGUCAAACUUGAACGAGUAAAUAAUACUGAUACAACAACAAUUCAGGAUUAUUUAGGAACAUUUUUACCUGUUAAUGAUGGAUUUGUUUUUCAAAAAGGUGCACUUUAUCGAGCUAUGGAAAAUGGUUGGUGGUUUCUUGCUGAUGAAUUUAAUUUAGCUGAUCCAUCUGUUAUGAAUAUUCUAUUUCCAUUACUUGAAGGUAAAAAUUCUAUUAUAAUACCAACAAGUGGAAAGAUUAUUACAGCUAAACCAGGUUUUCAUUUUUUUGCAACACAAAAUGAUGCGUCCUAUGCAAAUCGGCAUCAACUACCGAUAUCAUUGCGUAAUCGUUUUGUUGAAAUACAAUUUGAUGAAUUUCCUGAAGUCGAAUUAUCAGAAAUUCUUCGUCGACGAAACAAACCCGACAAACAUAAACAAACAAAUUUAACGGAUCAAUCAGCUAAAUCAUUAGCUUUAUUCUAUCAUCAAUUGAUUCGUACUCGAUCACGUAUUACAUUUCGUGAACUUGUCAAAUGGCUUCGUCGACAUGAAUUAUUUUCUCGUGGAAAAGAAUUUUGGCCUAUGAUAGGUGUUUCACUUCUAGCUGGUAAAUAUCCACUGGAAUCAUAUACACGACAAACAUUAAUCAAUGACUUAAAUACAAUUUGGCCGAAUGCUAUCAUCCCAAAAAUUUCACAAAUAGAUGUUAGAGAUAUAGGUGGUGGGCUAGUUCGAUUUCAAGAGAAUGAUGUUUUUGUCGAUGUUAAUACAACAUUACUCUCUCAGAGUAUUAUACCAAUAUCACCUAAGACAUUUCAACGGACACUUGUUCGUAUUGCUUUAGCUAUUUGUGCAGGUGAACCUGUACUUCUUGUUGGACCAACAUCAUAUAAAACAUUAAUUGUUGAAACAUGGACUCGAUUAUCAAAUCGAUUUGAUGAACUUGUUAAAAUACAUUUAACACCGGAAAGUGAAUCUGCUGAUCUUAUUGGAGAAAUUCAACCAUAUUCAUUUCUUGAUCUACUCAAACGAUUACCAUUUAUGGCUGAACAAGUUGUUCAUCGUUUCCAAAAUCUUUGUCGAAGUCAAAACAGUACGGGCAUAUUGAAUAUAGAUGAUAAGAUCUUUAUCGAUUCUAUGGUUGAUUUGAUUAAAAAAGAUUUUAAUGAAGCGAUUGAUCUAUUUGAAAAGACUUAUUCACGUGAGGAAGAACAACGUCAACAAAAAGAAGCACUUCAUAAUAAUUUUUCAGAAUUACGAGCACAUGCUGAAUCAUUUAUGAUACCACUAACAACUGAUAAAUAUGCCGAUGAGGUUCAGAACGUCAUCGAAACAAGAACAAGUACACCUUCAUUUCAGCACCAUUGUAUAGAUUAUGAAUUUCCUCCUCGUAUUUAUCAUUAUGAAGAUAGUUAUGAUAAUGAUGAUGAUGAUGAUGAGACUGUACCUAAGAAAAAUACAUUUAACACAAUGUCAUACGCUGAUUGUCAAUUGGAUGACGAUGAAUAUGGUACUUGCGGAACAAAAACUCUUCGACAAACUCAACAAGAUCAUGAAGAUGAAGAAAAACGUCUCGAUGGUGAAACUGUUAAAACAUGUCCUAAAUGUCAUCAAACAUAUACUUCAUCGGAAAAUAAAUAUGGCAAUUGUCAAUAUCAUGAUGGAUAUAUUGUUGAUCUAGAUCAUUCAGAGAAAAAAUUAUCUCAAGAUGAAGCACAAAAAGAAAUUCAAAAAGCUCAAAUAAUUGCAUCGACUACUAGUGGAGAUUCAACGGAAAAACCACAAGCACCAAAAUUAAUGUGGGCAUGUUGUUUGGCAUUUUUUGGAGGAGAUGAUCCGUGUAAAGUUGGUGUCUGUGGAUUACCGGAAGGAAUAUCCGAAGAAAAUAUCAAACCAAAUACAGAUUUGGUAACUCUUGUUCAAGAUUAUUUCAAGAAAAAUGAAUUAGCUGAGAAGAAAAUAAAAGAAGCCACAGAUCUUUACAAACAAGCAAAAGCAAAAGCAGAAAGAACCGUUCUAAAACCCAUAACAGAAACUCCUAGUCGAUCAGCAUCUACUGCAUCUUUACCUGUUCGUCGAAAAUAA